GCCCAGCCUAGCCCAGCCCCUAGAGCACAUCAGCUCCGUGUUUCUUUUGUUUUCUAUGAAUCUGAGAAAAAACUGACGAUGGAGUUGAAGAGUUGGUAGAUGAAGCUGGUUGAUUAGAAUGGCUGGUUAAGAUGUUCUCAGAAUACAGGAUUCAUCCAGCUCUGCUUCUCCUGCUUUACCGUCUGCUGUGCUCAGCUGGAGAAGAGGUUGUCAGACUGCAGGAGCUGGAGGGAAACACUGUGACCAUCCAUACUGGAUUAACUGGAGUUCAGAGUGAUGCUCACAUACUGUGGUUCUAUAGAUCUGAGAAUGCAGAUAUAAAGAUAGUGAUCAGUCUGAUCAUUAGAGGAGAGAUUAUUACAGACUAUGACAGUGAGAGAUUCAGAGACAGACUGCAGCUGAACAGAACCAGUGGAUCUUUAACCAUCAGGAACAUCAGCAGAGAAGAUUCUGGAGUUUAUAAACUACACAUCAUUACUGGAAGUAUCUCAGUCUGGAGUUUCAGUGUUGAUGUCUAUGCUCCAGUAUUAAAGCCAGUCAUAAGAAAUCAAGCUGAAAAGCGCUCAGUGAGUCUCAGAGAGUCGUGCUCUCCUCUGUGCUCUGUGGAGAAUGGGAAGGAUGUGAGUUUAUCCUGGUAUGAAGAGAAAGAGAGAAUCUCCAGCAUCAGCAGCUCAAAUUCCAGUGAACGUCUUUAUCUUCCUCUGAAUAAAACCAACCCAGACUGUUCUACUUACACCUGUGUAGCUGCUAAUCCAGUUAGCACUCAGACAACCCAGCUCGACAUUACAAACAUCUGCUGUAAGUCAGUCUCAGGUACGAAAGGUCCUAGAGAUCUCUCCAAAUCACUGGCUGCUGUUCUGACACCUGUUGGUCUGAUUGUUGCUCUAUUAAUUUUAUUUUUGUGGAUCUGGAAAAAGAAGACAAAGCAACAAGCUUGUGAAGACGCUGAGCUGAAUUAUGCUGAAGUGAAAACUAAACCUCACAGUUCAAAUGAAGCUCAUGAGGUAAACAGAGCUGGAGGGACAGAAGUUCAAGACCAGACUGAGCAGGUGCGAGUCUGGACUGGCUUGGUGAAAAGCUGCCUUGUGAAACUGGCGAGGUUCUCUUUUCUGAUUGAACAUGAAGAUGAAUCUACACACAGAACUGCUCAGACAUUGAAACUGGCUGUAAUGCUGUGAGCAGAGGUUUGAACUGUGAGGGUUAUUUAGUGCAUCUCAACACAGUCUCGGCUAAACUGAGCAGCUGUCACUGCAAGCUAACUUAACACCAGCCUGACACGUCUGAGAGGCCACCGCAGAGCUGGGUUUGAUCGGGUUCGGACAGACAGUUCAACUCUGGGCCGGACAGAGGAUUACUAUUAUUUAAAUGACGUCACCAGAGAGGAGGAGGCCCGCUGUAUGGUUCCGCCGCCAUUUCUAUGAGGAGAAAACAGUGCGCAGGUAUCGGUCGAUUCUCUUAUUCUUUUCUACAGCGUUUCAUCUUUUCUUCAUCCUCUCCGUUUCACAAGACGCUGCCCAGUAACGUCUGCCUGCCGUAAACAAGCCCUAGCGGUGUGUCCUCUGUUUACUCCUCUCUCUCAGCGGGGUCCCUGCUCUCCUCCCCAGAGACCCUCUGGAAUACAAACAGCGGCUCGAGCGCAGAGCUGCAGGGAAAUCUUAUUAAACUGAAUUAGCCGCUUUAAUUUAAUCCCUCGGCUGACUGCGGCCUCGGUGGGAUCCACUAGUAACACCCAGGUGGGGUAUUUAAGCAGCCCGAGCAAUCGAGUUCAGAUAAAGCGAUAUAUCAGCUUUAAAAAAGCGCAGGAAACAAAAAAUAAAACAUUUACACACGUUUAGUUUU